UCCAAUCAGAUCACGCGCUCGCUUCAGGUCGGAUCAGUCGUCGCAGACAUACACUUCCGACAUGGCUGGAGUAACGAAACUGACAACAGGGCUGACGGGCCUUGCAGUAGCCAGACAUCCUCACCAGUCAUUGAAAGUGUUGUACGAGAAGACACUGAGGACUUUACAGAAGAUGCCCCCAAGUGCCGGCUAUCGUAAAUAUACGGAACAGAUUGUUAACGACAGAAUGCAUAUUGUGCAGACUGAAACUGAUGUUGCCAAGCUGGAACAGAAGAUAAAUGGUGGACAAGUAGAAGAACUUAUUUUGCAGGCCGAGAGGGAACUCAUGUUAUCAAGGAAGAUGCUACAGUGGAAAGCAUGGGAGCCUCUUGUUGGGGAAGCCCCAAAGAAUCAAUGGCAGUGGCCCUUGUAACUGUAGACACUAGACACUGAUAUCAAUAUACAUAGCGUAAUAAAGAAUACAUGGAAUCUGUGGAUACAUCUAAUCCUGUUGGUUAUUGAGGACAUUGCAGCUAAUGAAGAGCUCCGUGUUGACGCAGGUUGGAUCAUCCGUGUCAUCUAUGCCAAGCCUCUUGAAGGUGUAACAAUAUCUGUGAGCGAGUGUGUUUGUCUGAAUAAAAUGUUACAAUAUU